AUGGGGGCUCUUCAAGCAGCAGCUGCUGCAGCAGAAGCGGCAGCAGCACAAGUGAUAGAAACAGCAGGAGAAACGCCAGCAGAAACAGCACCAGCAGCAGCAGCACCAGAAGCGGCAGCAGCAUCAGGGGCAACGGCAGCAGCAGCAGAAGCAGCAGCAGCAGCAGCAGCAGCAGCAGCAGCAGAGUAUGUGUCUCACUCUUGA